CGACAGCUAUACUUACUCCCAUUAUUUAUGGCAUAGUGAUUACAUUUAAUUUGAUCAGCAAAUAUCCUGUAGAAGGCUCGAAAAACUUUUGCUCUGGAGAUUUAGCGCCAAUAUUCCCAAUAGUUUGGGCUUUUAUGGGUCAUAAUUGGCUUUCUGGAGCAAGCAAUUGUCAAGUCAAUGAUCCUGCAUUAUAUAAAGUGAUUUAUAAAACUUGGAUUCUAAUUUGUAUUGGUUGUGUGAUGGAUCUUACUAUCUGGGUUGGAGUCUGUGACACCUAUUAUGGUAUUUGGAGCUAUACAUUAUGUGAUUCUCACAAGAAACUUCAACAAUAA